AUCCCUAAUCCCCAAUCCCCAACCUCGAAUGCCGCCAUGUCGCCGUCAAUGGAUGAGUUGCGUCGGCCGCCCGAGUUCGACCACAUGUUCACGGACGAGGCGUGGGCCAGCAUGACCCAGGACACGCGGCGCCGGAUCGUCGACAUCUCGUGCCGGGAGGAACAAGAGCCCACCCAAGAGGAACGCCGCAUGCAUCAACUCAUCGCCGGCGCCGGCGGGCCCUGCAGCGUCUUCACCGACGCCUUUGCCUUCGCUGAGGUACUGGAUUUCGCGGACAGACAUCACCAGGAGGCGGAGCGAGAGGACUGGGAGGCGGUGCUGCAAGGGCGGCAUUACGCCGACGAAUGCGCAGAUGACGAUGAGGACGGCAAGACGACGACGGCGCAGACCGUGGACACCCGGCGGCCGAACCACCAUAUCUCCGAACAAACGUUGUCCAGGGAUAUACAGAAAUCAAAGGCUUUUCUGUGGACUCGAUACCACCAGCUACACCUCCUACACCGACCCUCACCAGCUCGGCCACGUCCGAUGAGAAUGAGAUACGCUUCGUGUGAAUUUGGUGGUGAUGACAGAGAUGCCCACACAACCCUGUCCCUAUGCUACAGUUCCUUGAUGUCAUGGCCGAGCUGUAUACGAAAUCUUACUGUUUCGUCAAUUUUAUGCGUGACAAUAUGGUACAAUCGAAUAAUAUCGAGGUCUAUGGCGUGAUCGCAGUAAGGGAUCACCUGGAUUUCUCACGCAACUACAUUUUCCAUUGCUCUAGAGAGAAUGCACAAGCAAUUGACCCAAAAGGUGGCUAUUUAUGCCUGAGGAAUCCUGCAAGAGGAAUACUCGCAACAUGCUGCUUGAUCGAAAUUGAUAUAAAGGCGAAGGCCAAGGUGGUUGAUGAAGACUUGAGUAUUGUCUCCGGUUGCCUGAAAGCAUGUGAACAGUUUGACCCGUGGAGACUGCACCAUGUCGAUGAUAUCAACGGCAAGAUUACACUGGAAUCCUAUUUGCUAUUUUAGCCUUGGUGUAAGUGUGCACAAGAAGAUGCUGAUUACUGCUGUAAUCACUAGAGAUACUAAGCUCCCUAGAAAUAGGGAGCCCAUGGUUGACCCCACUUGUA